AUGGGUCCACCUAUCAACACCUGGCCUUACAGCCUCCCCCCACUGGAGAGGGGAAAAGUGACGUGUUACAGUAAAAAGUGUCUAGUAGUUAAUAUUGUUGACAAUUUACGCACAGUAGGAAUUAAUUUUACAUUCGCCCUAUUAUUGUUACAAGUGUUUUCGAGUUUGAGUUCAGUGACCGCUGGCCCGGUUAUAUUGAAUCUGGACUAUUUGCAAGGUCCAGUACCAUUAGCUAGAAAUAUAAGACACUUGCCCUGCAUAUCAAGAAGUACAAGCCAAGAGGGUCUUUGUAUGUUUGCCAUAGACUGCUUGAAAGCAAACGGAACACAUCUAGGGACAUGCAUAGACAGGUUCUACUUUGGUUCAUGUUGCCAAAUACAAGACAAAACAACUUUACCACAAAUAAUUGGUAACAAUAUAGAUGAUAAUUCAAUAGAUAAUGCUAAUUUCGUUCAUCCACUCAUAGACGAUAAGAUUCAAAAUCAUAUUUUCUUAAACAAAGACAAAAAUAAGCCCUCAGUAAUUAAUAAUGUCACAAAGAAACCAGCAGUCGAAUCUAAUGAGCAGACUGAUAAACCAGCUACUCUUCAAGAUAGGACUGAACCGGAGGAACCGGAAACUAAAUCAGAUGAACUUACAACGCAAUACAAUAAAAUUACAAACGACAAUGUCAAAACAACAAACGCGAUGGAUACAACAACCAAAGGACAACCUACAACACAAUCCAUUAAAACAACGUCUCAAAUCAUGGAAACCACUGAUAUACCUGCGAAAUUGUCAACUUUCCAAACGGUUUCUGGUGAUGUAAAUAACGCAGUCACUAAUAAGUCAGAAACAUUGAAACCAAAUAAAACUGAAACCACAGAGACGAUAAAGCCCACAACUGAACGAGUAACAACAGAAAAACCGAUAAGGCCUACUAGAAAGCCAGCUAAACCGAUCGUAACAUAUAAACCUAGACCAUACAGACCGACAAACUUCACAAAACCACCUCACAUUAGUAUCAAACCAAGACCUACAAAACCUAUUAACCCAUAUAAUUCAACUAGAAAACCACCAUACAGAAACCCGCCUAAAAGACCAUCAACUAAAAAGCCUUUGCCAUCACCGCCUAGACUAAAUAUUACUAUUAUACCACAGUCGACAAGUACACGACCAGUUUUCACAAGACCAUCAUUGUCAACAAUUACUUAUAUCAAUACAACCAUAUCACAGGCUGAAGAAAUACCUGUUACUACAACUACAUCGACAACGGAAACUAAUUUACCACCAAGUCCAACGACAACAACUUCAACAACAACAACAACGACGACGACAACAACAGCUGCUCCAACAACAACACCAACGACAACAGAACGAGUCGUAGAGACUACUGAAAAUAUUGUCACAGAAACUGUCUUAUCAUCUUUACCGACUGAAGCAAUAACUGAUAAAUUAACCGAGAAAUAUACAACCACAGUGACAUCCGAAUCUCAAUCGGAAACAAUAUCAACUGAACCGGUAAGAGAAGUUUAUACUGAAAAAGAUAUCCAAGCGCCUUUCACAGAAAAGGUAACUUUGCAAGAAGAAUAUACAGAAAAAGAAACUGUCAAGCCGGUAACUGAAGCCGACGUACCUUUGACUGCAAAACCUACAACCACAUCUACUGAAUAUCCACCUUUGGUUACUUGGUCUAAUGGAAUCUAUCCCAAACCUGCUGAAACUUCAACACAAGCACCAGACGAUGUAUGGUCACCCAUAACACCACCUGAAGGAUGGGUGCUUAUUUCAAGUAUGUCUCCAAAACCUGAAACAACUACGGUUUCACAAACUACAACAACAACAACAACAGCUGCUCCAACUUCAUCAGAAGAACCAAUAACAGUCACUGAGCCACCUUUACCGCCUAUUAGUGUCAUAACAACACAAAAAUUAGAAACUCCGAUCACAACAACAGAAUCGGUGGUUUCGUCACCUUCAUCAAUAAGUUCAGCAAGUUCAGCAACAACACAAGCUUCUAUUUUAGAGUUCACGGUUAACGUGACACUAUCACCAACAAUGCCAACUUCAACGUCAAGCAUUGGUUUAUUAAAUGUAACUUUGGGUUCAAUAUCAGAUAAUGCAACUUCAGCAUCUGGUAAUCAGACUGAAACAACGCAAUCUAUCGGGUCUACUGAUACAGACGUUACUACAGAUGAGGCUGUCACAACUGAACAGAUCACUACAACCACAGAAUCAUACAACAUGUCUAAUUAUAAAGACGUGUGUGGCCGGCGGAUGUGGCCGCAGGCUAGGAUCGUCGGUGGAGCGAAGUCCGGGUUUGGACAGUGGCCAUGGCAAAUAUCGCUUAGGCAGUACAGGACUUCGACGUAUCUCCACAAAUGUGGGGCUGCCUUACUUAAUGAGAAUUGGGCGAUAACAGCCGCGCAUUGUGUAGAAAGAGUACCACCGUCUGAACUUUUGGUACGUCUAGGAGAAUAUGACUUAGCAAAUGAAGAAGAGCCCUACGGCUUCGCUGAAAGACGUGUUCAAAUUGUUGCCAGCCAUCCUCAUUUCGAUCCAGCCACUUUUGAAUACGACUUAGCACUCCUCAGGUUCUACGAGCCAGUUACAUUCCAACCGAACAUCCUGCCAGUUUGCGUUCCGGAUGAUGAUGACGACUAUGUCGGAAGGACGGCUUACGUUACUGGAUGGGGAAGACUCUACGACGAGGGUCCGCUUCCCAGCGUGCUACAAGAGGUCGAGGUGCCCGUGAUCAACAAUACGGCCUGUGAAUCCAUGUACUUAGCGGCUGGAUAUAACGAACAUAUACCGAACAUAUUUAUAUGUGCCGGUUGGAAGAAAGGCGGAUCAGACAGUUGUGAAGGUGACAGCGGUGGACCGAUGGUAGUACCACGACGCCGUGAUGGUCGCUUCGUAUUGAGCGGUAUAAUCUCAUGGGGUAUUGGAUGUGCGGAACCCAACCAGCCGGGAGUCUACACGCGGAUCUCCGAAUUCAGGGACUGGAUCAACCAGAUACUGCAAUUCUAGUGUUUUUUUUACAUGGGACAAUUUUUUACGUUGACCGUUAUUUUUUUAAAUAGAAGAAUAUUAGCAACACUUUCGUUAAAUAGGUUCCCAUUGAGAAGUCUUAAUAAAGAAAUCGCGCGCAAUGAUAAAUAAUUCUAUUUGAAUAUCAUGGUCAAAAUUGUUUUGUGACGUUAUUCCUUUUUUAAUUUCAGCUUGUAAGUUACUAAUUAUGUGUAAUACUGCCAUAAGCCUACUAAGAAGAAAGCGAUUAUAAUUAAUAAGUUGGAUUUUUUUUAUAACUAAAAUACG